AUAGCACCCUCUUUUCUACCGACUGUUGUUUUUCUUCUUCUUCUUCAUUCACUGCGCCACCCUCGUUUUCUUCUCUUCUUCCUCUCGCGGUUUUCCCAAGUGUUUUGGGACGUUGUCACCGCCUCUCUCGGGCUGCCUUUAUAUGGUGGUCGAUUCGUGGUUUGGGUAACUUAGUGUGUGCAAGAACUAAGUGUGAAAAGGGACUUUUGUGGCGAAAGGGCUUUGUGCCGCUUGAGCAACAUUGGGUAUUAUUUAAGGCUGCCGAUCUUAGUGAUCGUGAGUAAAGCCUAAGAAUUGGACCUGGCUCUUUGACUCUUCGAUUAACCGAUUAUUUCUGCUGCUUUAUGUUUAUGUAAUUUUCGCUUAAUAUCUUGUACAUCUGUGUAUUAUUUCUAUAAUAAUAUUUAGGGCUCACCCACCCAACAGUGGUAUCAGAGCCACGGGUGCUCUGAUCUUGAAGACCCAUGGUAACAUCUAACUAUCUUUGUUUUUCGAUUAGCAAUUUUCUGUGAAAUUUUCGGGCUGAUUUCUUACGAUAUUUCUUGCUGAAAUUGCUGUCUUUUGGUGUUGAAUUACUGUUGUUUUUUUGGCUAAAAUUGCUGCUUUUGAUGCGAUAAUUGCUGCUGAAUUGGUGUAAAAUUAUUGCACGUUUUUGCUGUUUUUUAGGGCAAAAAUUAUUGUUUUUAUAUUGUUGUUUUGCUGCUGUUUUUUCAGUGUUUUUAGCCAACAAAAUCUGCUGAAAAGAAGUUGCUGAAAUUGUUGUUUUCCCACUAUCAGAUGGGGAAAAUUUAUGUGAUAAUAUCUCUAAAUAUUUCUGUGGUUAGACGAUUUUUUUCUGUUGUAAAUUUCCAAGGAUGUAAUUGUUAUUUUCGGAAUUAUUUUGCUUAGUGUAAGAUAUGAUACAAUAUUAAAUCCGUUAAGUGCAUUUGUUGAAAUAUUGUUACCAAUUUGGAUGUUUAUACUGUUAAAGUUGAGGCUUAUUCCCGCUAAUCCCUCACCUGGCCGGACCCUUGAGGUCGCGGGUAUCUGGUCAAGGUUUGGCUUGGGAAUCCUUAGUUUUCUCUUCAUGUAUGCUAUGUGCAAUUUUACGCUAAGUGCAUUAUUAUUGAAGAACAUGUUUUUUGGCUUUAUGCCCAUAAAAGCUAUGUACACUUGUGUUGUGAGUGAUAUUAUUGUUUAGUGCAUUAAGUAAUGUUCCUUCGUGGAUAUUGUUUAGUCUUUGUGUCAUUAGCCUGAGUGGCUAAAUGUUUUUAAAAAAUAGCUUAUGUGGAUGUCUAAUUAACCUUAGUGAUUUUAUGAACAAGUCUAAGUGGUUCGAUGAAGCUAUAUGAUUGCGUGUCUUUGUGACAUUGCUUUGGUGGCAAUUUUAGCCUAUGUGGUUGUGUAAUUGUGCCUUAGUGGCCGUAUAUGAAUGCCUAAGUGGCUAGUUGAGUUCUUUGUGUGCCUUGGUGGCGUGAAUUAGCCUAAGUGGCUGAUUGAGCCGUAGUGGCUGUUUGAUUUAGCCUUGGUGGCUAUGGGUUUAUAUCAUCGCUAUCUGCUUGGUGCUUGCUGUGUGCUAUGCUUUGUGUAUGAAAUAUCAUAAGUCAAAUACUGUUACUAGCAUCUUUGUUUUGCAAGUAAAAACGGCUAUGAUGAAUGCUAGAUCCGUUUAACUUCUCCAUUUGGGCCUUUGCUCUUUUUUGGGUUCUGGUCCAAGGGGGAAUAUGUUGGAAAAUAUUGAUGGUCCAUGACCAAAAAUAGGUAGGCCCAAGAACCCACUUGGACGGCCCAAGCCCAAGCCCACGACACGACUUGACUCACCGACCCAGUUUGACUUACAAAUUAAAUAUAAUUUUUCAUAGCACCCUCUUUUCUACCAACUGUUGUUUUUCUUCUUCUUCUUCAUUCACUGCACCGCCCUCGUUUUCUUCUCUUCUUUCUCUUGCGGUUUUUCCAUGCUUUUUGGGACUUCGUCACCGCCUCUCUCGGUCCGCCUUUAUAUGGUGGUCGAUUCGUGGUUUGGGUAACUUAGUGUGUGCAAGAACUAAGUGUGAAAAAGGAGCCUUUGCGGCCAAAGAGCUUUGUGCGGCUUGAGUAACCGUGGAUUUUAUCUUAAGGCUGCUGAUCUUAGUGAUCGUGAGUAAAGCCUAAGAAUUGGAUCUGGAUCUCUGAGCCUUCGAUUGACCGAUUAUUUCCGCUACUUUAUGUUGAUGUGAUUUUCACUUAAUAUCUUGUACACCUUUGUGUAUUAUUUCUGUAAUAAUAUUAAGGGCUCACCCACCCAACACUGUGUAACCUUUGAAUUCUUUUAUUGCAGCCUUGUGACCUUCGUGGGCUUAUAUGGAUUUUUUUGUUUAAGUUUAGAUAAGUAAGAGAAACUGGCGAAAGAAGCAUGCUUUGUUUGUGUGCAAUGUGCCCCAUUGGUUGCAUUAAACGAAUGCAAAAAUUAACACAAUGAUCCUAGUUGUUAGCUUUUGAUCCAAAAGCACUUCCACUUAAAUAGUGCUCAUACAAAUCUAUCGAUUAAGGGAAUCAAAAGAGUGUGUUCAUUCUAGAAUUUGUUUGUAUAACGCAUUUGAGAUCACAUUUUUCAACAUUUGUGUAUAAAAGUGAUAAGGGCAAUUAGGAAUAGCCAAUUUGACCUUCAAAAGAGCUUACUUGGACUUCCCCUAUUAAAUCUUAUUUGAGCCUUGGCCUUUUUUCUUCUUGGUAAAGCUUCAAGACAAUUUAUCCCAUUAUUGGUUGUUUCCUAAAGUGAUUUUUGUACCCAUACAAGGGAAAUUUAUUGGCUUAGUUACUUCAAAGUUUGACAUAAAAAGAAGUGGAGGAAGUGAUUGAAGUUGCAUAUAAGGAAACAUUAGUAGCACCAAUCGAAAGAAAAAAAAUUGAGAGAAAAAGAAAGAAGAAUGAAAACAGAAAAAAAGGAGUUUUAGUCUAAUGCACUUGAAUCGAUGAUGGAAAGAAGGAGAUUUGGAAAGGUAAGCAACUAAGUUGACAUUAUCCUAUUCUAUUUUACGAGCCACAAGUUGAUCUUAUCUUUUUUCCAUUCUUUGUCUCAAGCCUCAUUACAACCCAUGUAAAGAUAUUUUGAUCAAGCACUAAUUCGCAUUUUGGUGGAGAUUCGAUUGACAAGUAAACAUAUGGCAAAGACAUUUUAUGUCUUGAUAUGAGUGCAAUCUAAAUUCUUAAACACUUUUGAGUGACUAGAGUGACCUUGUGUAAGGAUGUUGAGAUUUGUUUCAGCCGAUUUUGAUAAAGUCAAUAGGAUAAUGAGUUAAAGGUUAUUCUACAAGUGUUUGUUCUCAGAUUAUUAAGACAUAUUUACUUAAGUAAUAUACUUUAAGUGACAUGAGAAAUAUUUGAGCGGUGAUACAUGGAUAACUAGCGUAUUUUAAAUUGAGACAUAACUAAGGACAAGCAUGGUCUCGAUGUAGGGGUAUUUGAUAUGAUUCUACUCACUACUCUUAUUUGUGCUUAUCUUGCGUAUUUGGAAUAAUUUUAUUGCAUAUAUUAUUUUAAUUAUUUACUUUGGUAUAUAGGAGUGACAAAGUUGAGUUUUGAUUAAAAAAGUUAAAAGGGCCUAAUUUGACUCAAAUAAAUUGAAAGGGGAAUGAAUGAUACAAUUAAGCUAAAGGUGCCAUAUUCAAUGAUCCCUCAAUCUCCCAACUUCUAUCAUCUCCCUUUCUCCCCAUAGUUUAUGUUUUCUCGUUAGGACUUUAGAUUUUCUCAUACACAUUAUAUGUAACUAAUUCUCUUUUCUAAUUUAAUGGAAACAUUGAACCAUUUUAUUAUGUUGUGGGGUCUUGUGCAUAUCUGAGUUCUCCAAAUAUUUCUUAUGUUGAUUAUAGUGGUAGCUUUGGGAAAAUGAUUCGCUAUUAAUUUUCCUGUUACUAUCGGUGAACUGUGAUUGCCAUGAAUGAUUGGUACGAGGACCAAGCAAAUGAAGUAUGUGCUUUGAAUUAUUUAUUUCUAGGGAUAAGAAAAUUAGGUUUGAUAGUUGCAACUAACUCAGUUAUUUGAUCUAGGUUUAACUGAUUUCAUAUAUGCAAAAUCUUAUUAUCAAAUUGAUAUAGAAUGCUAUCGAGACAGUGAAUGAGAUAAUAAAUUUUGAAGUUAACUAUUUGUGACCAAGGAUGAACGUGAUAAUUGGGUGAUACACUCCCUUUGACUAGAAUUCAUCUCUCUUGAUUUUAUCCUAAUUAUUUAUUCUUGCUUUUGGUUUAGUUUAAAAUAGUUGCUAAAUCCCAAAAUCCCCUUUUUUGGUUACCACAACUCAGGUUAAGAAGUCAACACUUAGUUUUCUUGGAAUCCGUGGUUCCAGUACUACUGCUAUAGUUGUACGAUUUGUAAUUAGUUUUAACAGUUUUGGCAAUCGAUCGAUGGGCUACGUGAUGAUGACCAUGUGGCAUGAUCUUAUGAAUCCCAACUGAAUUCGUACGUGAUGAGGGUGUCACGAGGAGAUGCUGAUUAGAAAAAAAUUUUGCUGGUUGGUCGCGUACAAGAUCGCAGAUCGAUGCGAGAAAAAGACAUGAACAAGAUCACAGAGUCAGAUCGCAGGAUCGCACGGGGCACAUUGUGGCUUGAUGACGUCUGAAAUCGGGCCCCAUGAACCCGAAUCCGACCCAUAUUAUCCAUCGGACAGGUGUCCACCGGGAAAAUAGCUGAGUCAUUGCAUGGAUGAGCCUGAAGCAAACACCUGUCCAACAGGAGGGUCCCAUCUUCAAUCGCUUAUAAAUACCCCAAGUCCACACUGAGAGAAGCUUUGUGUUCUGUUUCCAGAUAACAGGUCCAAAUCGGUGACGUGGGUGGUCGAGAUCAUUGAUCAAGGUUAAACGUGAUCAAGGCGGAUCAGUUUGGCGCCGUCUGUGGGAACGAUUUUGGAGAUAAAACAUAAAUCCUAAAACAUGGAAAGAUCGGAAGGUGGUAGGCGGGCUAUUGAGGAGACCCCGAGGGUGGGGAAUGAAAGGAUAGUCCAAUUGACAUAAGGAAAAUUACAACGAAUGAUGGAGGAAGCUAGCAGAAAUGCCAUUUUGGCAUAUGAAAGAAGAACACAACCCGCUGAAAAUGAAAAUGCCCGACGGAGAGUAAUACGAGACAGAGAGACCGAGCGGAUUUUUGAGGGGAUGAGUAGGAGAGCUCCCGAGAGGAGACGCGCGGCCAUCCCUUCUGAAGUGGGGUCUAGUUCGCAAGGUGGAUGGCGUAGACGAGAACCCGCGAUCUCGAGAGCCGAUGUUGACAGUGUAGGCAGACAGAUCCAUUUGCUGGGGAAACAGAUUGAUGAAUUGAAGCGAAGAGGAGAAUUAGUUACUCAGAACAAACACUCUCCGUUUUGUAAUAGAAUUCUGAGUGAAAUUGUAAGUGCGACUUUUAAAAUGCCGGAUUUACCAAAAUAUGACGGUCUGAAGGACCCGCAAGAGCAUGUGUCCACAUUUGAUUUAGUAAUGAAUCUUUAUGGACAAACGGACCCUAUUAAAGCAAAACUAUUCGUGACUACCUUAACGGGGAAGGCGCAAGAGUGGUUUAUGAGUUUGCCGGUGGGUAGCAUUGAAUCACACGAACAGUUGGUGUAGAAAUUCGUUUUUCAUUUUGCGAGCAAGAGAAAGCAAAAGAGAUCAGCGACCUAUUUAUUCACUAUCAGGCAGAAAGAAAAUGAGACCUUAAAAAAUUUUAUGGGGAGAUUUAAUAACGAGACUCUGGAGGUCCAAGAUUUAAGUAUUGACAUGAUGGUGAGCAUCCUUAUUCACGGGUUGAAGAAAUGACCUUUCGCCUCUACUCUGGCAAGAGACCGCCAACCAAUGUGGAACAAUUGAUGCGCUUGGCACAAAAAUAUAUUAACGAAGAAGAAAUGAAUGCUAUGAAAGAUGGGGAGUGGUUAGGUGCUGGAAGGACUCGCGACCACGAAUCUGGGAAAGAUCCGAGGCAAAACGCUGAUCGCACUCGCGACCCUCCAUACUGACCAAAAUACCACCGGUACACACCCUUGAACAGUACCCGAACAAAGGCGUUGUUGAGUGUAGAGAAGUCAGAUAUGUUAAAAUGGCCCCGCCAUACGAGAUUCACGAGAGUGUUAUCAAUUGAAAGACCAGAUUGAGAGGCUGAUAAGACAAGGGUAUUUUAAAGAGCUAGUGUUAAAAUUUCGUGCUGAGGAAACUGUGGUUCGGAGAAGUAGAUCUAGGAGUCCCGACAGGAGGCAAGACAAAGGGAAAGGUGUGCUAAAAGAAGCUAAUCUGGGAAGUAAUGCGCCUGUGAAAGGCAUAAUCUAUACUAUCGCAGGAGGGCCAGAAGGGGGUGAUUCUGGGAGAUCUAGAAAGCGGCAGAAUAGAAAUGUUCAGCGUGAUCAACUGAUUGCAAAUAUUGAGCAGAGGAGGAAAUUACGUUUGGGAACAAGGAUGUGGCAGGAAGAGUGGGGUCGCAAAACGAUCCUAUGGUGAUCAGACUCGAUAUAGCCAACUUUACCGUCCGGAAUGUUCUGAUUGAUAAUGGAAGUUCAGCGGAUAUCAUCCUCCGGGAUGUUCUUGUCAAGAUGGGGUUAGAAAACGCGGAGUUAGAACCUGUGAGAACCCCGCUAGUUGGGUUUGGUGGCACUGAGAUUGUGCCAUUGGGAACCCUAGAUCUACCUGUGUCUAUGGGAGAAGAACCUCGAAGAAAAACGCUGAUGAUCAAAUUCUUAGUUGUAGACACGCCCUUUGCAUAUAAUGUAAUCCUUGGAAGACCUGGGCUGAAUGCAUUCCGAGCAAUAGUGUCUACGUACCAUCUGAAAAUAAAAUUUCCAACGAGAGCUGGAAUAGGUGAGGUGAUUUGCGACCAGGAAGAAGCGCGUAAAUGCUAUAACUUAUCCCUGAAAAAUGGUGAAAGCACGGAUAAAAGGAGAAAAUUAGAUGUUAUUGAAGGAGGAGACCAGAUACCUGAAGAGAAAACCGAAAGAAUUCGGCCGGCUGAGACUCAUAAGAUUGUAGAGGUGAUCCAGGGAGAUCCCUCUAAAACUACCAGGAUAGGGUCGCACUUGGGCGAGCAAUUGGGAACCAUGAUGGUAUCGUUACUAAGGAGAAAUGUUGAUGUUUUCGCAUGGAGCUCGUCUGAUUUCGUAGGUGUGGCACCGGAAGUGACUGUUCACAGGUUAAACGUAGACCCUACCAUGCGACCUGUGCAACAGAAGAAGAGAAACUUCAGCGCGGAGAAAAACCAGGUGAUCAGGGAAGAGGUAGAAAGGCUGUUAAGUGCAGGGUACAUUACCGAAGUCCAAUAUACAGAUUGGCUAUCCAACGUUGUGGUAGUUCCUAAGCCAGGAGGAAAAUGGAGAGUUUGCAUCGACUUCACAGAUUUGAACAAAGCAUGCCCAAAGGAUCCAUAUCCACUUCCUCGAAUUGAUGGAUGCUUACCAGGGCUACCAUCAAAUUUUCAUGGCAGAAGACGAUCAGAGCAAGACUUCAUUUGUGACGGAAAGGGGAAUAUAUUGCUAUAAGGUGAUGCCCUUUGGGCUGAAGAACGCAAGAGCCACUUACCAGCGCCUAGUGAACAAGAUGUUCGAAGAUCAGAUCGGGAGAACUAUGGAGGUUUAUGUUGACGAUAUGCUGGUGAAGAGCUCGAGGUCGCGGGAUCAUAUAGUUUACCUUGAACAAACCUUUGCAACGCUCAGGAAAUUCAGAAUGAAGUUGAAUCCAAUGAAGUGCACCUUUGGAGUGACAAGAGGAAAAUUUCUGGGCUAUCUAGUCAGCGAACGUGGAAUUGAGAUGAACCGCGAGAAAAUAGAAGUAAUACUGAAGCUGAAGUCGCCAACCAACGUUAAAGAGGUCCAGAAAUUUACUGGUAAGCUUGCUUCUCCCAAUCGUUUUAUUUCAAAAUCCUCGGAUAGAAAUCUACCUUUCUUUAAAGUGUUGAGAAAGACCAAGAAUUUUGAGUGGACGGAUGAGUGUGAACAAGCGUUUCAAGACUUAACAACAUACCUGCGCUCACCACCGCUACUAGCAAAUCCGAAGGGAAAUGAGGUGUUGUAUGUAUACCUGGCUGUUUCGGAGAGUGCAGUUAGUUCGGCUUUGGUUAGAGAAGAAGAGGGGGUUGCAGAGUCUGAUAUAUUAUGUGAGCAGGAUGUUGCACGAAGCAGAGAAAAGGUAUGCGCAGAUCGAGAAGCUAGCACUUGCGCUUAUUGUAACAGCCCGUAAACUGCGACCUUAUUUCCAAGGUCAUCGCAUAGUCGUCCUAACCAAUCAUCCGCUCCGUAAUGUAUUGGCGCGACCAGAAGCCUCAGGUAGGCUUGUGAAGUGGGCAGUAGAACUGGGAGAAUUUGAUAUCGAAUAUCAAGCCCGUACGGCGUUGAAAGGACAAAUAUUAGCAGAUUUCAUGGUUGAGCUCAUUGGUGAGCCUGAGAUUGGGCCCAGGCUAGAUAAGUGGAUGUUGCACGUUGACGGAUCCUCUAAUGCGGGAAAUGGAGGAAUCGGGAUAUUGAUACAAGGUCCGAAAAAUGUAGAGAUCGAGGUCGCAGCACGACUAUCUUUUUCGAUCACCAAUAAUGAGGCUGAAUAAAAGCUCUUAUCAUGGGUUUGGAGUUGUCACUAGAAGCGGGUGCGAAAGAUCUAGAAGUUUUCACAGAUUCACAACUUGUUGCUUUACAGAUAGAGGGGACUUAUGAGACCAAAGAAGAGCGCAUGAUAUUGUACCACACCAAAGCAAAAUCCAUAAUGUCCAAAUUUAACAAGUGUCAGGUGCAUCAAAUCCCACGACAUGAAAAUGACAAAGCCGAUUCAUUAUCGAAGUUUGGGGCUACUCUAUCAGGAAUUAGAGAUCGUAAGAUUACAGUGAUGGUCAAGGAAACAUCCGCGAUCGCCGAAGGUGUUGAUGUUAAUACGGUGAGCGAAAAGGCAUCAUGGAAGGAUGAAAUUGUUCGAUACUUGAAAGAGGGAAUUUUACCGGCUGAUUCCAUUGCUGCACGGAGAUUGAAAGCAAGAGCAGCUCGUUUCACAUUGGUUGAUGAACAGUUAUACAAGAGGACCAUAGAAGGACCCUUGUUGAAAUGUCUUGAUCCGGAGAAAGCUGAAUACGUGAUGAUGGAAAUUCACGAAGGAAGUUGUGGAAAUCACUCUGGAGGAAGGUCAUUAGCAUAAAAAGUUAUCAGACAAUGGUAUUUUUGGCCAACCCUGGUGAAAGACAUGAAGAAUUGGUCAAGAGAUGCGAGGCCUGUCAAAAGUUUGCAGCACAAAUGCAUGCACCAGGGACCCAAAUGGAAGCAGUUAAGAUCGCUUGUCCCUUCGAUCAAUGGGGGAUAGACAUCUUAGAACCUUUCCCCACCGCGCGAUCUCAGAAAAAAUUCAUUGUGGUGGCCGUGGAGUAUUUUCUAAAUGGGUAGAAGCAGAGGCUGUAGCUAAGGUGACGGAGGGCAAUAUGAUCGAAUUCAUAUGGAAGAAUAUCAUAUGCCGAUUCGGGGUCCCUAGAGUUUUGAUUUCAGACAAUGGCACUCAAUUCCAAGGGAAGAAAAUCACAAAUUGGUGUAAAGAGCUGAAGAUUCAGCAAAACUUCAAUGCAGUAGGACAUCCGCAAUCGAAUGGGCAGGUCAAGGUCGUUAACAGGACCAUCCUUCAGCAUUUGAAAACAAGGUUAAGUUCUAAAGGGUCAUGGUUGGAUGAAUUACCUGGAGUCUUGUUGGCAUACCGAACCACACCUAGAUCCUCAACAGGUGAAACUCCUUUUUGCCUUGUAUUUGGUACUGAAGCUCUUAUUCCUACAGAGAUAGGCGAGGAAUCACAUCGAGUGACUAUGUAUGACCCUGCAACCAAUCACGAGGAGCGCUUGUUGGACUUGGAGGUGAUCGAAGAAAAAAGAGAGGUCGCAUACGCAAAAAUGCUACAUCAUAAGGGCUUGAUGAUGAAAAGUUACAACAAAAAAUUGAGGCCCAGAAAAUUCCAAGUUGGAGACCUCGUUCUGAAGAAAGUAGAGGUCUCAAAGCAUGUGGGGAAGCUUGACCUGGGCUGGGAAGGACCCUAUAAAGUUACAGAGAUCAAACGGAGAGGCACCUACCGCCUGCAAGAUAUGGAUGGUUGAGAUCUACCCAGACCAUGGAACGUUCAAAACUUGAAAAAGUUCUAUGCGUAAUUGUGAGCUUGUAAAAGGUCAAAGAGAUCGCUUUUGUACCUGAGAAAGGUCAAGUUUUAGGUUGAUGAAAAGUCAUGUAUACUGUAUCUAAACAAGAUCG